GCAUUCAGCCUUUAGCAGAGGCACAGAGAGGACAGCAGUGGGCUCAGCAUCAGUGAACACUGACAGGACAGAAGAAGAUAACUUUUAGAUUGGCACUUCGGCAGGUCAGAACAUCGCUUGGAAUUUGGUGACUAGGUCAAAAUUGCGUAAAGAACAGAAGAAGGAUGAAUCUACUCUUUGGAAUAUGCUUUCUUUUUUUCGGAUGGAUGGCGAAUUGUGAGGACAGUGUCCCGGUGAAGGCUAAAGAUUAUAUCAACCAGCUGAAUGACUACUAUGCUAAAAAAAAUCCCGUCUCUGGUAACGAAUUAUUCAACGGGAAACCUCUUUUUUGGAAAAAGCUGGAUGGCUUUGAGAAGGCUGAGCAGAAGCUAAUGAUGACCAUCAUUCUGGACACAUACAACAGGAUUUUAUCCCACAUGCAGAACGAGACGGAGGACGAAAACGUGCAGAAAAGCUUCAUUGAAGUGAAGAAGUACCUGAACAAUCUGAAAAUACACUACUUCCCAGAGAAACACAAGGACCUCAAGAAGCACGUCAAUGAGGUGAUGGCUCUGAAGGAAACUGACCCAGUGGUUCAGCGCAAAGCAUUGCUCGAGCUGAUGACAGUCUACAACGAGGCAUCCAAGCUCAAGGAUCCUCCAGUCCAUACCCACAGGAGACGACGACAGGCUAAAGGUGCCAGGAAGCAGCGAUCUCAAUCCUAGAAACUCCGCUUUUGGAAUAACAUUGUCUACGUGCUGCUUUGUGAAUAUAGAAUAUAUAUGUUAUUUAUUCUGUAUAGCACCUGUUAUAUUUUAAAAUUGCUGAUUAUUCUAAUAAUUUAUUGAUGUACGUAGGUUAGUCUAUUUGUAAAGUUUGAUUAAAUUAUUACAUUUGUUAUUUAU